AUGGGGUGCAAUGCGCGAGGCACGGCGUUGCCUCUUCUGCUCGCGCUUCUAGCGGCGUCGGUGAUUGUCGCGCCAGCAACCGCGAGGGUUCUUGCUCCGCGAAGUCCGCGGCGAAGUCUCGCUCUCAAGGCCCUCUCGCUCCUCAAGGUGACAUCAAUCAAACCGACGCUGCUGGCUGUUAAUGAUUUGGGCGGCGGCUCUGGCGGAGAUCUGGGCGGACCAGGCGGCGAUUUGAACGGCGGCAGCGGCGGCGAUUUGGGCGGCGGCUCUGGCGGAGACCUGGGCGGCGGCCCUGGCGGAGAUCUGGGCGGCGGCUCUGGCCCAGAUUUGGGCGGCGGCAGUGGUGGGGAUUUGGGCGGCGGCAGCGGCGGAGAUUUGGGCGGCGGCAGCGGCGGAGAUUUGGGCGGCGGCAGCGGCGGAGAUUUGGGCGGCGGCAGCGGCGGACCUGGCGGACAGCAGGGCGGACCCGGCGGGCAGCAGGGCGGACCCGGCGGGCAGCAGGGCGGACCCGGCGGGCAGCAGGGCGGUCCCGGCGGACAGCAGGGCGGUCCCGGCGGACAGCAGGGCGGACCUGGCGGGCAGCAGGGCGGACCUGGCGGGCAGCAGGGCGGCCCCGGCGGACAGCAGGGCGGCCCCGGCGGACAGCAGGGCGGGCCCGGCGGACAGCAAGGGGGUCCCGGCGGACAGCAAGGGGGUCCUGGCGGACAGCAGGGCGGUCCCGGCGGACAGCAGGGCGGCCCCGGCGGACAGCAGGGCGGUCCCGGCGGACAGCAAGGGGGUCCCGGCGGACAGCAGGGCGGUCCCGGCGGACAGCAGGGCGGUCCCGGCGGACAGCAGGGCGGGCCCGGCGGACAGCAAGGGGGUCCCGGCGGACAGCAAGGGGGUCCCGGCGGGCAGCAAGGCGGUCCCGGUGGACAGCAGGGCGGGCCCGGCGGACAGCAGGGCGGUCCUGGCGGACAGCAGGGCGGACCCGGCGGACAGCAGGGCGGACCUGGCGGACAGCAGGGCGGCAGCGGCGGAGAUUUUGUUGGCGGCAGCGGCGGAGAUUUGGGCGGCGGCAGCGGCGGAGAUUUGGGCGGCGGCAGCGGCGGAGAUUUGGGCGGCGGCAGCGGCGGAGAUUUGGGCGGCGGCAGCGGCGGAGAUUUGGGCGGCGGCAGCCGCGGACCUGGCGGGCAGCAGGGCGGACCUGGCGGACAGCAGGGAGGUCCCGGCGGACAGCAAGGCGGGCAGCAGGGCGGGCUGCAAGGCGGACCUGGCGGGCAGCAAGGCGGGCAGCAGGGAGGACCUGGCGGGCAGCAGGGCGGACCUGGCGGGCAGCAGGGCGGACCUGGCGGGCAGCAGGGCGGGCAGCAGGGCGGACCUGGCGGGCAGCAGGGCGGACCUGGCGGGCAGCAGGGCGGACCUGGCGGGCAGCAGGGCGGACCUGGCGGGCAGCAGGGCGGACCUGGCGGACAGCAGGGCGGACCUGGCGGCCAGCAGGGCGGACCUGGCGGCCAGCAGGGCGGACCUGGCGGCCAGCAGGGCGGACCUGGCGGACAGCAGGGCGGACCUGGCGGACAGCAGGGCGGACCUGGCGGGCAGCAGGGCGGACCUGGCGGACAGCAGGGCGGACCUGGCGGACAGCAGGGCGGACCUGGCGGCCAGCAGGGCGGACCUGGCGGCCAGCAGGGCGGACCUGGCGGCCAGCAGGGCGGACCUGGCGGACAGCAGGGCGGACCUGGCGGACAGCAGGGCGGACCUGGCGGGCAGCAGGGCGGACCUGGCGGACAGCAGGGCGGACCUGGCGGCCAGCAGGGCGGACCUGGCGGACAGCAGGGCGGACCUGGCGGGCAGCAGGGCGGACCUGGCGGGCAGCAGGGCGGACCUGGCGGACAGCAGGGCGGACCUGGCGGACAGCAGGGCGGACCUGUCGGCCAGCAGGGCGGACCUGGCGGACAGCAGGGCGGACCUGGCGGGCAGCAGGGCGGACCUGGCGGACAGCAGGGCGGACCUGGCGGGCAGCAGGGCGGUGGUGGAGAUCAGGGCACUGGUGGAGAUCAGGGGGGAUCUGGCGGGCAGCAAGGGGGUUCUGGCGCAGAUCAGGGGGGAUCUGGCGGGCAACAGGGGGGUUCUGGCGCAGAUCAGGGGGGAUCCGGCGGGGGAUCUGGCGGGAUUGCAACUGUUCAGAAUGUGGGAGACAGCACUUUCUCAAAGGUCGGUGUGAAGGCAGGAAAGGGGGCAAAGGGCGGCAAGGGUGGAAAGGGAGGGAAGGGGGGGAAGGGGGGCAAGGGCGGAAAGAAGUGA